AUGUCUUCAAGGGAGAGGUUAGGUUCAAAUCAUCUUACCGGAGUGAGCCAAGGCAUGUCAACUAGUGGAUCAUCAUUGAGGCACCACGAGACCAUCUCUUCGGCUUCUGAUAACCAUCAUCAUCGAGAACAGCGGAUAUCCCAUCCCGAGAUUCUGGAAAGCAAGAUUGCAGCUCGAGCUGCUGAGAUAGACCGGCUCUCUAGUGAUAAACGGAAACUAGCUGCAAGCUAUGUGGCUCUCAAGGAAGACCUAACCAUGGCUGACCGUGAAGUCCAGGGGCUAAGAGCUCACAUCAGAAAGACAGAAACAGACAGCGAGGUUCAGAUCCGAGCAACGCUUGAGAAAAUAAUGAAAAUGGAAGUUAUUAUCAAGAACAGUGAGAAUAUAAGGAGGGAGCUGCAAUUAGCUCACAUUGAGGCUCAUAGAUUGGCUAGAGAACGCGAAGAGCUUGCUUCACAGGUGAAGUUGGUAUUAAAGGAGUUGAAGAAGGUUUGCCUCGAGGCAGAGGGUUUAGAAGAGUCAAGCCAAAAACUCGAGCAGUUGAAAGAGGAGCACCAGAGCUUACGGGAAAAAUUCGAGGAAGAGAAGAGUGGGAACGUAGAGAAAGUUGGGCAAUUGAAAGAGAUGGAGAGGAACAUAAUAGGAGCGGUUAAAGAGAUCGAGAAGCUGCGAAGUGAGAUCGCAACCGCAAGGAGCAGAGCAGUUGAGAAUUGA